AUGAAUUUGGAAGAGCUUGACUUGAGUGGGAAUAGGUUGAAGAACAGUGAUCUGACAUAUAUCAAGGGGCUAAGUGUAAAGUCCUUGAAUAUUGGAGGAAAUCUAGUGCAAGGAUCAAUCGAUAUUGGAGAUGGUGAGAGACAACUUAAGUUGAUCAAUUUAGAAAAGCUUGAUUUGAGUUACAAUUUUUUCAAUAAUACCUUAUUGGCACGGCUCGGAGGACUUUCCAAUCUGAAGUCUUUGAAUGUAGGGAAUAACUUGAUUAAUGGAUCAAUAAAUAUUAUUGAAGAAUUAGAUGGUUUGAUCAAUUUAGAAGAAUUAGUGUUGGAUGGUUCACAUCUCAGUAACAUUCUUCAAAGCAUUCGUGUGUUGAAUUCUCUCAAAGCCUUGUCUUUGCAUGACUGUGGGCUGACCGGAACACUACCUACCCAAGGAUGGUGUGACUUACGGAAGCUUAAGGUGUUGGAUCUUAGUGAAAAUGCACUUGAGGGAGAACUUCCUUCAUAUGGCAACAACUUUGAUGGGAGGUUACCGAGUAUUGAUAUCACAAUUGUCCGUCUAUCUCCCCUUAUGGUUAUGGAUUUAAGUAAUAACAACUUGUCAGGCAAGCUCCCAAGAUGGAUAUCGAAUCUAUCUGAAUUGACGGCAUUGGAUUUAUUCAACAAUCAACUUGAGGGCUCCAUUCCAAGGGAUUUGUGCCAUAUAGAUGGCCUCAAAGUUUUGGAGCUUUCCCAAAACAAAUUUUCUGGCCCAAUACCAUCUUGCUCUGGUGCACAAUCUAUCAAACAUCUCCAUUUGAAUAGAAAUAGAUUAAGUGGCGCCUUGGGAAAUGCAUUCUUUAACUGCUCCUCUUUGGUGACUUUAGAUGUCAGUGAAAACCAGUUGACUGUGGAUUAUACGACAAAGAGAUCUUCUUACAUAUACAAGGAAAAGAUUCUUAAAGAUGUGUCUGGAAUUGAUUUAUCAUGUAACAGGUUAACAGGAGAAAUACCCUUUGAGAUUGGAAAAUUGAGAGAAAUUCAUUCAUUGAACUUGUCGCACAACAAUUUGACUGGACAUAUACCAUCAACGCUUUCAAGGCUUAAUAAAAUUGAGAGUUUAGAUCUUUCUCACAACAACCUAAGUGGAAUAAUCCCUAUAAAAUUGAUGGAGUUGUAUACCCUGGAAGUUUUCAAUGUGUCAUACAACAACUUGUCAGGGAGUAUUCCAUAUCAGAAAGCUCAAUUUGUGACCUUUGAUGAAAGCAGUUACAUGGCAAAUCGUUUUCUCUGUGGACAUCCCCUGCCAAAAGAUUGCAAUGAGCCUAAUUCACCAUCAACAACAACACCAUAUGCCUCAUACAAUGAAGAAGAAAGUGGCUAG